CUGCCAUGCUGCUGGGAUUUCACGUUCAGUGGUUCCAACUCUCCCUUUGAAUGUCUGUCAUCAUGGCUAAGCGUGAGACCGGCAGUACCAGCCCCGUGGUCAGGCAGAUUGACAAGCAGUUCCUGGUCUGCAGCAUCUGUUUGGAUCGUUAUCACAACCCAAAGGUCCUGCCCUGCCUGCACACCUUCUGCGAGAAAUGCUUACAGAACUACAUCCCUCCUCAGUCUCUGACACUGUCGUGCCCAGUGUGUCGACAGACCUCUAUCUUACCAGAAAAGGGUGUGGCUGCCCUGCAGAACAACUUCUUCAUCACAAACCUGAUGGAGGUGUUACAGCGUGACCCGGAGUGUACUCAACCUGAGGCCUGCAAUGUUCUUGAGUCGGCGAGCGCAGCCACAGCGUGCCAGCCCCUCUCCUGCCCUAACCACGAAGGCAAGGUGAUGGAGUUCUACUGUGAGUCAUGUGAAACCGCCAUGUGUUUGGAGUGCACGGAAGGAGAGCACAGGGAGCACGUGACAGUUCCUCUGAGGGAUGUUCUCGAACAGCACAAGUCAGCACUGAAAAACCAGCUGGAUACGGUCCGCAACAGAUUGCCUCAGCUGACGGCUGCCAUUGAACUUGUGACUGAGAUCUCCAAGCAGCUUACAGAGAGGAAAAAUGAUGCGGUCAGUGACAUCAGUAACACUUUUGAUGAGCUGGAAAAGGCCUUACACCAACGCAAGACUGCUCUUAUUACUGAGGUAGAAAAUAUCUGCAGCACCAAGCAGAAGGUGCUUCAUGCCCAACUAGCCUCAUUGCUUCAAGGCAAAGAGAACAUUCAAAGCAGCUGCAACUUCACAGAGCAGGCCCUGAGCCACGGCAGCGCCACUGAAGUCCUACUGGUGCAAAAGCAGAUGAGUGAGCGUGUCAGUGCUCUCGCACGACACAACUUUCCUGAGCAACCUCACGAAAAUGGACAUCUAAAAUGCCAAGUGGAGACGGACGGCCUGCGGCGCUCCAUCCAGAAUCUGGGCGUGUUGAUCACAACUGGAGCUGUGGGCCAUACUAGUGUAGCCACCGGGGAAGGCCUGCGCCACGCUUUGGCUGGCCAGCACACGACCAUCACAGUCACCACUAAAGAUAAGGAUGGAGAGCUGGUGAAGACGGGUAAUGCUGCUCUGAGAGCACAGAUCAUCUCUGCAGAUGGAACGCGCACAGAGGCUGAGGUGGUGGACAACAAGAACGGCACCUAUGAGGUUGGAUAUACCGUUCGUUCAGAGGGAGAGUACACCUUCUCUUUGCUGCUGUAUGACCAGCCUGUGAGGGGCAGUCCUUUCCGUUUGCGUGCCGUCAAGCCAUCAGAUGUCCUGCAGUCACCAGACGAUGUGAAGAGAAGAGUGAAAUCUCCAAGUGGAGGAGGAGGUCACGUCCGACAGAAAGCUGUGCGCAGACCAUCCAGCAUGUACAGCACCACCAAGAAAAAGGAAAACCCGAUUGAGGACGAACUGAUCUACAGAGUUGGAACAAGAGGACGGGAUAAAGGAGAGUUCACUAACCUUCAGGGAAUCUCCACCUCCAGCAGUGGGCGGAUUGUGGUAGCAGACAGCAACAAUCAGUGCAUACAGGUAUUCUCGAAUGAUGGCCAGUUUAAAAUGAGGUUUGGGGUCAGAGGUCGUUCACCAGGACAGCUGCAACGCCCCACAGGGGUCACGGUGGACAUGAACGGUGACAUCAUCGUGGCUGAUUAUGACAACAGAUGGAUCAGUAUCUUCUCCUCUGAUGGAAAGUUUAAGAACAAAAUUGGUGCUGGACGUUUGAUGGGACCGAAAGGUGUGGCCGUGGAUAAGAACGGACACAUAAUCACAGUUGAUAACAAAGCCUGUUGUGUCUUCAUUUUCCAAGCAAAUGGGAAACUGGUGACAAAGUUUGGCGCUAGAGGAACGUCUGAUAGACAUUUUGCAGAAAAAUGUGGUGCAAACAUUGCACUGGAACAAAAGCUAAGUAAAUCUGGCCCUGUUUUCAGUCCUCACUUUGUGGCCGUAAAUAACAAAAAUGAAAUUGUGGUAACAGAUUUCCACAAUCAUUCAGUGAAGGUGUAUAAUGCAGAUGGAGAGUUUCUGUUUAAAUUUGGUUCCCAUGGAGAAGGAAACGGCCAGUUCAACGCUCCAACAGGCGUGGCUGUGGAUGCCAAUGGAAACAUCAUUGUUGCAGACUGGGGCAACAGUCGGAUCCAGGUGUUUGACAGCUCGGGAUCCUUCCUGUCCUACAUCAACACAUCGGCUGACCCCCUGUACGGCCCCCAGGGUCUUGCCCUGACCGCCGACGGCCACGUAGCAGUGGCGGACUCUGGAAACCACUGCUUCAAGGUGUACCGCUACCUGCAGUAGAGCCGAGGCAGCCGCUGCAAACGAUGACACAGCCAAUGUAUUACACAGGGUGCAAAUUCCAGUACAGCUUUUUGAUGUGCACAUCAUGAACUGUGCCUGUUUACUUUUCUUAUGAUGUGCAUUGAAGAUUGAGUGAUGGCAGCAUUCUUGGGACGGUUCGGACACAAAGCAGUGGACUGUAUUUAGAGGAUGUGCAGACACAUUUUUGUGUCUUCGUUACUGUUUUUGGUGUUAUUAGUGGACAUGUUAGCAGGCAGACUGAAGUAUGUAAUGAGCCAUAGCUGUCCAAAUGCAUGAAGUUUGUUUUCAUCUUAAAGCCAAAAUGACAACACAGUAUACCCAUGUUUGCUUUAAAUCACAAACUAGUUCCUGCUUUCAGCGAAACAAACAACAUAAUGCUUCAGCAAUUAAAUGUAAAAUGUCUUAUUAACCAACUCCCUGCAUAAACGUAUCACCACCAUCUGUGCAUUGACUGGCUGUAUGUACUGUAUAUACAUAAAUGUACAUUGUGUAUAUUAGAUCACUCCCUCUGUAUGUGCUUUGACUUUGGGACACGCAGUCUUUCGGCUGUUUGAUGAGCAGCAGUCACGGAUUUUAAGUGUGAGAUUGGCAGCUGUUUAUAAGUUUGCUUUUCAAAUGUAUCCAGCACAUGCGUAAGAAAUGAAGUGUCAUAUUUAUUGGUAUUGAACACUAUGUUUUGUUGUAAUUUAAAGUAGGAAGAAUGGGGGAAGAAAAAUGCUAAUUUAUAUUAUUUUUACACCUCAAAUUAUUUUUCUAUUUUAUUUUGACUCCCCCUAUCUGGGGUGACUUCUCCCCCCCAACAUAUAAUUUAAGCUCUUCUUUGUCUUUUUUCUUCUUUCUUAAACAGUGAAUGUUGACAUACAACAGGUGACUAUUUGGAAAUUCAGUCUUUAAAGGUUUCUUUUGCAGUGGUGAAGGUUUUCCAGAAAUUAGCAUAUGUAAGAUGAAUGACUGCAUUUAUGAAGGACAAUGCCCCAUCACUGUGCUUUUGAGUAAAGUGAUGAUAGGUCAUAUUAAACAACAUGCUAACUAUAUUUGAUGCCAAUGGCUAGUGUUAUCAUUACAUAUUAAACAAAAUGCUAACUAAAUUUGAUGCUAAUGGUUGUCAUCUUUGUUUCAGGUCAUCUGCCGUUAGCGUUGCUUGAAGUUAGCAUUUUCUUGAUGACAAGCUGUCAUUCACCAAACAUACUGUUAAAGUUUGAUGUAAAAUGUCAGCACUGCACGUACCCUGAGAAUCAGGUAACUUCUGGAAAACUUUCAUCUCAGCUUUGAGAGUUUGAGAGCUCCUUCUGAAUGGAACGCAGUAUCCCCCGCGUGUGUACGCUAGCAGCUCUUACAAAGCUAUGAGCACAAAGGCCGCCAUCUUUGAUUUUAACAGGGAGUUAUAAGUUUAAAAACCUAUUCAUUAUUAAUAAGACUCAUGAUACCCUUGCUUAAAAACUAUGUGCAGUUCUGUCCUCAAAUUACGAAAAAAUCUCAGGAAAGCCUUUGUGAGUUAAAAAAAGAUGGAACUUUAUUUUUUUUGGGGCUCACACUUCGUAAACAAUAAUUGAAAGAUUAAACAAUUUAUUAAAUAGCAAUUAGAAUAUUAUGAUCCAGUAGAUCUGGGAACAUGCUUUGAUUUGAGCUGCAGUGACUCACGUUGGAAAAAAUACUCGUAGAUCUGUUGCUCCCCCUGGUGGUCAUUGUAAGACUAGAGUGAAUGAUGCCACAGCAGGAAAUCAGGAGCUGAUGGUAUAACUCUAUAACCUACAGCACUGUGCAAUCCAGACCCUUGAACUCCUUCUUAUUCACUUGUCACCACCAGCUGUUUCUCCAGAGAAACUAUUCAGGACACUGCUGUUUGUUUCGCACCUAAUCUGUUGUUUGAAAUGAUGCCAAACAGGAACCCAGACAUCCCUGAAUUCCAAGGCUCGUGCUUCUAACACAUCUGAAACAUUAUCUUUGUUCUUUGUGUCACUCUCAUACAGUUUUUCUCAAUGAAUAUGCACUGGUAAUAAAAGCACAUGGUUUA